UCAUAUUUAUUUUCUUGAUCUUCCGUUGGUCUUUGGUUCCUCCUAGUCUGUGCUGUGUGGGCGAUGCUGGUCUGUCUGGUGUUCUGUGGCAAGCUGACCACUGUGGAUGCAGCACCCCUCUGCACCAAUGCCCAGGCUGGGUGCCACGUUCUCUCCCUGGCCAACCUGUUUGACCGGGUCAUUCAGCACUCAGCCAGGAUGCAUGGCAUUUCAAAUGACCUCCACUCCGAGUUUGAGCUUUACUUCCUGCCCAGUAAGAAUCAGAUUGGCCGGGUCAGUCGCAACUGUCACACGUCAUCCAUCCUGACCCCAAAUGGCAAAGAGAAUGCUCAGAGAAUGGCGAGAGAAGAACUGACGGAGGUGAUUCUAAAGCUCCUGGUGGCAUGGAGAGAUCCUUUGUGGCAUUUCCACCAGAGCAUGGCUCACCACCACGACUUUAAUAACUUCAGCUCCAAUAAAUCUCUUGAAAUGAGUGACAUGGUGCAUGAGCUACGCAAAGGUGUACAGAAAGUGGUUGAGAAGAUGCAGAUGUUGGGAAUAAUAAGUAACUCUGUCAGCAACCUGGCUUCUCCUGAGGCUUUGCUGGCAUCUGACAGUGCUGAGUGGCGCCUCAUGAAAGACUAUGAUCUUCUCUACUGCUUUCGCCGAGAUUCUAACAAGGUCCAGAACUACCUGAAGAUCCUUAAGUGUCGAAUUGUUCCGGAGCAUGGAUGUUAAAGGCCGAACAACAAUGGGGAUUGUGCUCAAUCUUCUGAAAUAUCAGCAUUAGAAUGGAAAUGUGAACUACACAGAUAAAGCUGUAGUUUUUGUUGUGUUUUCUAUAUACAGAGCAUCAGAUGUUACCUGACACACACAUGUUCACUUCUAUCAUGACUGAAGUGCUAUUGGAACCCAAAGACUCUGUCCAUCCUGUCUGUAAUUCCUGAUAUUAUAUAGUCCAUCCUUAGGAAACAUUAAAUGAAGGCAGACAGGAUGGAUUUACAAUAAUACAUGUCAUGAUACACUCCUUAAAAAUGCAUAUCAUGUUGAAAUAUAGUAAUAAU